AUGAAACUAAUACUCGCGUUGGUUCUGAUAGUCUCGCAUUUCGAUAUACUGACCAUGGACAUGAACCAAAAAGUAACGUCUCACUUGAUCGCUGAAAUAAUCGAUGAGUACUACGUCCUGCAGCAAACGCCUAUCCUAGUUUUGGGAGAUACGCAUUCAAGUAUUUCGGACUUGAUUAGCCAGAUCAUCAGAAAUUUCCGUCAGCCUCGAAUUGUUCAACUGAACUCGACAAUCUACGGUCACGUCUCAUGGUUCUACAACGUGUUUGUUUUCCGCAGCUAUGAGUACUUGAAAAUUUUUGUUCAUCAAUUGGGCGGCGAGGAUUUCGAUUUAUUCGGUUACUACACGAUUGUGAUCAACGAGGUCAACGAGGAACAGAUCUUCAAUGUAUUCAACACCUUCUGGAAGCUCAAAAUCCUUCGUGUCGUGUUAACUGCAGUCAACGGUGAUGAACCACAACUGUAUUACUAUACUCCGUUUUCCGACGGCAAAUGUGACGAACCUACGAUUCAUCUUGCGAAAAACAGCAUACCAGAACAAUUGUUCAUGCACGACCUGAAUGAUUUCCAAAACUGCCCACUUCGACUUAGCACCUUCGAAAUGCCACCUUUCAUACGAUUCGGACCAUCGGUAUCCAAUCGUUCCCGAACAGUCAGUGGCUUCGAAGGAGAUUUGGUCAAUACUCUUACCACGCAGUUGAACUUCCGGCUGGAAAUCGUCACUCCACCGGACAACGCUGACUGGGGUGAAGUUCGGCGCCACAACAGCACUGGGAUGAUGGGUGCACUUCAAAAUGGCCAUGCCGACUUCGGCAUUGGCUGCCUCGGCAUCAUACCACAGCGUAACGAAAUUCUUCAGCAUGGUAGACCGCACUACACUUCCCGGAUAUUGUUCGCCGUUCCGGAAGGGAUCCCCCUGUCCGCUUUCGAGAAGCUGUUCAGGCCGUUCAGAAGCGCGAUUUGGUUCACAUCGUUGAUCAUCACAAGUCUGUUUGCCGUUUUUGUGCUAAUCCUGAAAUUCACUCCUAAGAUCGUAAGAGAUUUCAUCUACGGAGGACAAAACCAUACGCCGUUUCUUAACUACUUCAACGUGUAUUUCACCGGAGUGAUCAAUCGCUUGCCACAGCGCAACUUUGCUCGCACUUUACUACUGCUGUGGAUCGUGCAUUGUUUCAUAAUUCGUAGCCUUUAUCAAGGUUCUCUGUUCAAGUACCUCCAAGCCGAUUCCAAACACAAAGCAGUGGAAACUAUGCAUGAGAUCGAACAAUCCAAGUUGUAUUACUACAUAUUCAAAAUUUCCGAACGUUUCUUUCAGAACAAUCCUCGUGUGCUGGGUCGGGUUCGCUAUUUGAAACCCGGCAACAAUACUCUCAACGUCCGGAUAGAAGCAUUGGCCACCGGAAAGCUACGAGAUGGCGUCCUCUUGGUAACCCUAGAACAUCUGGCCUACCACAACACUUACAACCUGGACAAAGGCUUCGUUCGAUGUACGCGGGACGCAAUUAGUGCCUUUCCCAUGGUGAUGUACUAUCCCAAGCGGACAUUUCUGGUGCGAGUCAUGAACCGAGUCAUCGGCAGCAUCGAAACCGCAGGGUUGAUGGGCUACUGGAUAAGGCGGUACGGGAAUUACCAGUUCUUCCCAAGCACGCUGGACAAGGGGAAAGCGAAGCCGCUGAGGAAUUAUCAUUUGAUGGGAUGUUACCAGAGUAUGGCCGUUCUUUGGGCCGCAGCUUGCGCGAUUUUCUUACUGGAAGUGGUUUCCGUGAGAGUCGCAUGGAAUGUAACCGAUCGCGGCGAAGGUUUUUUGCUAACUAUCAGCUGUUUGCUGCUCUGCUGCCUCUACGCAGUAGAAGUGGUGUUGAACAAAGCAACAGACGAUCGUGAGGCGAUCGGCACCUACCUAGCAAUAGAGCGGCUAAGGCGACCGACGGAGGUAAACUACGAGAGUGAGUGA